AUGAGAUGUAGAGCAGGGGUCAAGAGGCCCUAAGAGGGACUCAUCACCCAUUAGUGUUCCGUAUGUGGGUGAGAGAUGGGCUUUCCAAAAUAUGUCUUCCUGUUGAUUUUCUCUUUUUCCUAGAUGCCAACCCGCAAAUUAGAGCCUGUGUUGUGCUUCCUAGCAUCAGUUGAGAAUCAAGUGAGAACCUUUCUUUGGUCUGGUGAUAUCAAACAGGGAGAGAAACGACUAGAUGGGGUUUUGUUGUUGUUGUUUUGAACAGUUGUUGGCUCUAUAAUCGCACUGGAGCUCAGAGCCAAGAAGUAAAGUUAAAAAUAAAUCUGAUGAGUCUUCCGGGGCGGUAUCUAGACACAUUUAGAAUGGCCCAGCGUUUGACAUUCUGUGGUAGGCUGUCCUACAAUACAGCCUCUAACAAAACUAGGCUGUCCCAGACCCCUGAUAAUAGAAUUAUUUACCUUUAUACCAAGAAAAUUGGGAAAGCACCAAAAUGCGCAUGCGGCAUGUGCCCUGGCCGACUUGGAGCAGUUCAUGCUGUGAGACCUAAAGUUCUUAUGAAAUUGUCUAAAACGAAAAAAUGUGUCAGCUGGGCUUCUGGUGGUUCCACGUGUGCUGGAUGUGUCCGUGAUGGGAUCGAGCGCGCUUUUUUAAAUGAGGAACAGAAAAUCAUUGUGAAAGUGUUGAAAGCACAAGCAUAG